UGGCAGCUAGAUGAGGUUUAUUCAUGGCUUCUGCUGCAUUUACAUGAGGGGAAACAUUUUUAAUUCGUGAACCUGGAAUUUGAAGUGGAGACAGAAACUUUACAGACUUGCAUCUAAUACAUUUGUGAUUUGAUUUUACUCUCUUAGUUGGACAAUGAUAUUGUUUUGCGACCUGUUUUCUUGUGUUUGAAUGACUGCAAGUCUCCCACGGCUCGUCAAAUCCUCAUCUCUUCUGCGUGCGCUGAUCUCAAUCGCCUCUCAGAUAGCGGCUUCUUUCAGCGCCACAGUGCGGGCAGCUGCGUCCCCGUGUGGGAGGGACUAACCGAGGUCUCCCGGCAGUGCAGCAUCGAGCUGGAGAGAAGAGCCGACAACACAUUUACUGAUAAGGAACGUGACUCCCGUGAUGUGGAGUCACUUGCCAUGGCUUCCGCGCGGAGAAGACGGAGGGGAUGCUGAUGGAGCGAGGGAUGCUGGGGAGCAGAACCGACGCGGGAGGAAGCGUGUGCCAGCCGGUGACCAAGACGAAUGGAGUCCACGGAGCUGUCGUCUUUAAAUCAGGGGGGGAAGCAGUCGGAGGCGUUGGAGCGGCGCUCCGCGGCGCUGCAUGUCCGGAAGACGGGAGCAUCAACAGGAGGAGCCGUCUCCGGGGAGGGAGGAGGCGGGGACCUGGCGCGCAGCAGCCACGGCCGGGGUCACCCGGCGCAUCCGCGCAAAACCACCGUGGAUUUGAGAGUCACGCACCACGGCGAGGAUAAAGUCCGGGUUUGCUGCGACCAGGAGCUCGAGACAUCUUUCACGUACGUCGAUGAGAAUGUGAACCUGCGACUGGCCAGCCCGGAAGUGAGUUGUAAAAGUUCUGGCCGAGCCGCGCGUAAUGGCGAGCCCUGCUCCGAGACGCUGCCGGAAUUCUCCUUCAUGUCUGAGGACGACCUGUCCUUCAUGGAGGGCCCGGGGACCUCCAUUGACUACGGGUUCAUCAGCGCGGUCACGUUUCUGGUGACCGGGAUCUCGCUGGUGAUCAUCUCCUACGCAGUCCCGCGGGAUGUGGCCGUGGAUCGCGACAGCGUGUCAGCCAGAGAGAUGGAGAGGCUGGAGAUGGAGAGCGCGCGGAUAGGCGCGCACCUGGACCGGUGCGUCAUCGCCGGACUGUGCCUGCUGACGUUAGGGGGCGUGGUGCUGUCCACGCUGCUGAUGAUCUCCAUGUGGAAAGGAGAGAUGUACAGGAGGAAGGUCAUCGCUUAUUCCAAGCGCUCCGCCAAACUUUACGGCUCCAUCAGUCUAAAAACCAAAUCCAGCCCCAGCCACUCAUCUGCCCACCUGUCCCUUCAGGAUGAAACAGCGGAGACUUUGGCUUAACACGCUCAUUUUGUUGUGCAACCUAGUCACACAUGCCAGUGUUAUGCUUUCUCUAUUACCGUGUACAGCUGAGAAAUGUUAUUACUGCGUUAGACGUUCAUCAAACACGCCUCUCGAAACGCAUUUACACUGGGAGCGCAGAUCGUUUGCAGCCAUGUUGUUAUUUUCUUAAUUUGUCUGUAUAACUGGAUAGUUAUUUUUUUAUUUCUAUUUUUUGAUGGGGGCAUGAAAGAAAACAUUUAAUAGCAUUAUUAUGUAUCUAUGUCAUCACAUGGAAGAUAGAGACUGCGGUGAAUAAUCUGCUCAUACUUUAUUCCACAGAAAAACUUGGGACUUUAAGAGAUUAUAUUCGAUUUAUUAAUUACAGAUUAAAAUAAUUAUUUAGACCUAAUAACACGGAUUUAUUGCAAAUAAACCGUUUUCACAGGGAACAUUUCUCAGUGCACCGAUGCCAGGUGCACAGCAUUAUAAAAUGUGAUGUCAUAACCAUAACAUACAUGGUAAUGGAGACUGAAUGAGCUUGCAUUGAUGGUCUGAAAAUCUAUAUUUUAAAGACAAAACUUCAGGAUAGAAGCACAAAAAUACUCCGUGCACUUUAUGAUCAGAGGGUUCGCUUUUCACUGGAGCACUUCCACCCUGAUGUUGAAGAUCAUGGGGACAGAUUCAACUUCAAUGUGAUCAUUCUGGUAUCAUUUUUCAAUCGUAAUAAAUUUAUUAUGAAACCUCUGAAUAGCCCUAGCUCACACUAAACAAUAUCAAAGAGAAAUGACAGUCAGAUGCUGGAAAAUGUUCAAUACAACUAACAAUCUCAAUGAAACUGUCAGUCAAUCCAGAGUUCCGAAGACAUGUCACAACGAAUAUAAUGCAUUGGAGCUUGGCACCAGUAAUUACAGAGCAACAUUACCGUUGACAACAAUGAUAAAAUGAGAAUAUUAAAAGCGAUGUUUCUAGUAUAUCAAGAAUGUGAAAAGGAACCUUGACGAUGAAGCCUGCACUGAAUGCUGAAAAGACUCCAGCGGCAGACAUUUGAAAGCAUCGCACACAACAGCAGCUGAGUCUUGAAGGAAAACUUGCAAAUGUUACAUUGACUGUGGUUAAUGAGCCGAAAGCCAAGACUAAGCUGUGUUCAUUUUUCAAACAAACAUGUGCUUCCCUUUCUUUUAAAAAAAGGGAACUUGUCAAAAAAGUGCUUACUGGAAAUGGUGCAAAUCAUGUGUCGCAUAUUGAUCUGAUGUUAAGACAUAACCCUUGACGUUAUGGUACUCGCCUAUAGAUCAUGUCAAACUCUUGCACACCUAUUUAGAGUCAUUUUCAAAUAUGCCAAACGGAUGAUCAUUAAAGAGCUUUAUGUCACUUCCGCUGGGUCAUAUCUGUGAGCACUUUUGUCGAUUAUCAAAGGCCCAUUCAUUUUUAAUAUCAAUAUUUCCAACGGCGGAAUCGUGCACCGGCACAUUUCAGGAAGUAGUGAGCCUCCCUGAGGAUGAGGGAAGGAGCGGGAAGAAAGCUGUCCUCAUCCUUUCUGAUGCAGGGGAAAAUAGCUCAAGUGCUGUAAUAUCCGGUGACAGUCCCACUCCGGUGCAGUGCUGAGGUAGGCUGCUAGCUCCAGCUUCAUGCAUCUGAGCCAAAGUCAGUUUGAUGCUGCUGAGAAAUUUGACAGGACGUGACAAGUGCUGACAGGCCUCCUACCGUGUCUCCUUGCCUCUCUUGCUAUGAUGUCCCGCGCCGAGAUAAGCUGCGUGAAUGUGCUUGUAUGUUGCAGUGGUAUUAGGUCAGAGGAUGGUAAUCGUGUCAAAUAUAAAUAUUUCAUGAAGCAUUUUCAGUUGUAACAGCGUAGUUAUGACUAAUACCCUUUUAAUUUGUGCUCGGACCAGGAUUUUCUGAGUUGAUCUGAUACUCUCAGACCACUACAGUUAUACAACUAACAUCCGACUUACGACCUGCUCGACUUACGUCCACCCGUACUUAGGACCACGGCAGCAGAUGCUUAUUUUUUUUAUUCAACGUCUGGCACCGCAGCACAUAGCAGCCCGACAGUUACGGCAGCACAGUAUCCCAGCAUCUCACUCUCUCACAGCGAUCUACCACUACAGUUGCACCUAUAACCGUUGUGUCGGCUAUUUUGAAUGGCAUUCACCUUACGUCCAAUCUGACUUAUGACCUUAUGAAGUCGGAUGUUACUUGUAUAGUUACCAAGGCAUCAGAGUCAGCGUUUGAAUGUAUAUAAAUAUUUUGGAGUGAAAUUGUAAAAAUGAUCAACUGCUAAUGUCUGUUUUGUGAUGUGUUCUAAGCUUUUGACUUGAGAUGAUGCUUUAGAUGAGGAGUUAAUGUGAAAGAUAACAUCACAAAAAUCAUUUGUGACCACACGGAAUAGUGCUGAGCUAAAAGUAAAACCUUCCUGUGAAUUCCAGGCUAGAAGCAGUUGGAUUAAAGGGUGUCCCUGAACUCAUCCAUUUGUGACUCACUGUGAUACCACUACUUCCUCACUCAUUACAGGGGCUAUUACGACCAGCGACAAAUCCAAUAAUUCCUGGAAAUCUGAAAAUCCGACUCUUCGUCUCUCGUCGAGAAAUCUGUGACUGGAGAACUAUUUUCAAUGUGACGGCAAGGAAAAGAGGUCAGCCACUUUGGACAAAUCGUAUAGAUGGAGUUAUAUAUCGCUCAUCGCAGCUAAGGCUGCUGCACAAUCUCCCUGGCUGUCCUCCAUUCAUUUUGUCAUUUCUCCACCUCAAGAAGAGAGACUUGGGAACACCUAAUCACUCGUAAAACAGCUGCCCCAUAUAUAUUAUACGCUCAGACAGCCUUCAAAAACUCAUUACAUUUCCAAAAUGUAUCUUUCCUUUGGGAACUGUUCAAGUUGACACUACGGGGGGGAUUUGGUGGCGAACAAAAUUGCGUAAAAAGAUUUAAGGAGUAGAGAUUGUUCUGGCUAUGAUGUGCUAAAAAUAAGUGUUAAUCCCCCGGUGUGACCUGACAAGUCAGCAAGAAUAUUUAACUAGAAUGACAUUGUUUGACAUUAGAAGCGGCACAACAGAUGCAUUAUUUAUCAGCUAAGUACACAUCUUUGUCGAAUUAGAUGGGAAGAAAUAGAAGGGAUUAAAGAAAAUCCAAACACAACGGAAAGCUCUCAGGAUAAAUAAUGUUCAAAUCAGAAACAAUUUGCUGCAAUAUAAGGCAAGGAAAAUGCUUGAAAGGUUUCUGAAUAAAAGCUAAUUGUGUGCGCCGUCUGGAGAGAAGCUGUGAUUUCAACACCUUUGGUUUUCAUCCACCCGCUGUUCUAAGUGUGCGUUUUCUGUCGGAUGUUGAGGUUAUUUUUGGGAGUGAGAAAUGACUGCGUGGUGUGUAAUGUGUGCUCAUGUGUUAAUGGGAGCAAUGCAAGUGAGAGCCGAGGUGGAAGUUUUGGGGAAAAUAGUCUUAAAUAAUUCAGCAUUCUAAGAAACUUCUUGGUUAAUGUUUGUAAUUCCCACAUCACUCAGGUCAAUAAAAGGAGAAGGGAAUCAGAAUAGUCAGGAAUAAAUUUGAAAAAAUCCUGAUUCAGCGUUACUGUUCAGAGGAGCCCAUGACUCUGAAUGACUGUUGGAAUAAAUAAAUGAGAAUAGCAGUCAGAGAGUGUAGACCUCUGUCAAGCAGCUCAUGUCCACCCAGUUUUCACCCAAUAUUAUUGUCCUACAUGUGAAGCUCAGUCUUGGCAGGCUAAUAAGUCUUAGUGUCGGAACACCAAAGCCACAUGGAUGUUGUUAAACUGAUUUCAUGUUGUGUGUCGCGGUAGAAGCACAGUUAGCCAGUGACAAACCCUUGAAAAAAGCCUGGAUGAGAUGGUAAUCCUGGACCACAUUCCUGGACCAGAUGGUGAUCUGUAAUCUGUUCCUUGUCCCACCAUGAAAGUCACUGAAAUCCAUGCAUGGUUUGAGUUGUUUUGUUAACAGAUGAAUGGAUAAACGCAGGGUAAACAACCUCCUUGGUGGGAGUAAAUAAUUGGCAAAAACAAGUCAACAAAUAAGUAAGCUUGCAACAAUGCGCACCAACAGUUGAGGCUACAUCAAAGGCUGGUUCUCUUUCCUUUUUACCCUACUUUUAUUUUUUCAUUUAAUUCAAUUUUCAAUGGACAGAAGCCUGAAAUGAAGGUACUUUAACUUGGCGAUUGAUGGUUGUGCUUGUAGAUAGAUUUACGUUGUUAAUCCCAAACAACGAAACAGAGGAACAACAUCAUAUAAUUCAAAGGAAAAUUUAAGCAAAAAAAAAAAAGGCAGCAGGUUCAAAAUGAUAUUGAAUAAAAAAAAGAGCGUGGAAAGUAAUUAUGAGUGCAAUGUGUAGUAAGUGCGCUGUGUGCUGUUGACUUAAUGUGGCUUACAAAACCGCCUGCACCACAAUCACACAUCUACGACACACAUUAAUUUCUCAAUUAUUCCAAUCCUGUGGUGCUGUAUUUGAAGCGAAGAUAAUCUUCUUAGUUUGCCUAUUGAAGCGUGGAGGACGUGCAUUAUCCCAAACAUACGACAUCAGUGAGAAACCCUUGAAUAUAUGAUGGAAUACAGUAUGUGGCCGUGAAAGCAUUUGCAUUGUCUAAACUGAUACAAGACAGAGGGCCUUCCUGUACUUUUCCAGGCGUCAGUUGUUGUUUAUGGAGACCGUUCCAUAAAUUGGUGGUAAAAAGAAAUCCUAUAAUCCUCAGUCCAAGUGUUUACUGCCUUAAAAAUAGAUUUGAGAGCCUCUCCUCAAUGCCUAAUUAAGUUUGUUUACUGAUGAGUUUUGGUAUUCCUGCACAGAAAUGUGUUGCCGCCAUCUGAACGAACGUUUUCUGUUGGCACCACUUCCCAGAAAUCACAGCAUGCUAUUUCCAGUCCAGGCCAGAAGUGUUAAACCGUCCCCUGAAAACCUCAUUUUUUCAUUUAAUUGCAUCAGACUGCAUCCACCUCCCUUGCGUGUCUUCACAUGUCCCCCCCCCAUCACACCUUGAGGUUCUGCUGCCACUUCAACCAGAAAACCCCUCACGGAUUUGGAAGAGCCUCUUUCUAGAUUUGAAGGCACCUGAGGCGGCGGGAACUUCAAAAAGCAGCAAGAGACAUACACAAAACACAUGCCUUUUAUCGUAGUUUGUACAUAUUCUGAACAAGUUUUGGUUUUCUGUCAGUUCCAUCCUUGAACUGAAUUGGAAUGUUCAUGAAUCACAAUCAUCUUUCUCCAACCAACUGAAGGCACCUUUAAGGGUCUUGAUAAAUCACUUCAUCUGAAGCCACCAAAGUGUUGAGACCUACAGAAAACUCCAAAAGACAAAGGCGUCUAAAAUGUAGUAUGAAAUGACCCAUUGGUCGUUGACACAGACUGUUGGUACCGAAAACGGCUGAACCAGUUCGUAAUUACUGCUUCAAGGGACCCUCUGAAAGGUUUUCCUGUUCUGGGUCGGAUUAAGAAUUUAUAAUCUUGCAUAAAAUAUCCCCCAGGCAAAUUCCUUAUUAGCAUUCCAUAUUAACUUAAAAACACUAAAGGGCAUAUAAAUACAGUGUGCCACCGUGUGCUUCUUUCAGUAUGAUAAAAUUGUGUUUAUGUCAGUGCUUUGAAGAGUACAAUGAAUACGUACGUACCAGUGUUGAAACUGUGCGUCUCCGUUGUGCAUAAUAAAGCGCUGGAAAUCUCUGUGCGUUUGUGUUGAUACAUUUUUUCCAGCUAUAAAUUUUAUAGUGAGGAUGGAUGAAUGACUGCCUGGUUAUUAAUGUCAAGUGAUUCAGCUGACCACGCAUGAGGCUUAUUAUUUAUGACUGUAACCUUCCUAACUCAAGAACCAAGUCCAUGGUUCCUUGUGGCCUCUUGGCCUUUUGUUUUAACACAUUCACCAAAACAAUGAAACGCAAUAUCUCUGAUUCUAAUGGCCACAACUACAAACAGUCUUCAUAAGUCAGGUGUAAACUGUUGUUCACCCUAGAUGCACAUUUCUAAAUACAGGUAGCAACCUUGCACACGCAAACCUUAUGCUAAACUUAAUAAUUCUGCCCACUAAGUGCUUGUUUCAGAACUUCAGGAGUGGCCCAAGCCAGAGGCAAACCAGGCACACAGCGGCUUUUUCUGGUCUCGACGUGAGCUUUUAAAAGCAGAGUAUCUUUCUCGGCAAGUGGUUAUCCAUU